AUGAAAAGUCAAAUAGAAGAAGAAGAUAUAAUGUGCUUAGUUUGCCAAGAGGUACCUAUAAAUGCCCACACUUCUUCUUGUUGUGGAUGCGUUCUAUGUGAAGAUUGCACAAUUUAGACAUUAAAAUGCUCCAAAAUUUGUCCACAUUGCAGAAAUUAAAAUCCUAAAUUUGAAAAAAAUAUGUAUUUAAUAAAACUAAUCAACAAAUUCCCUGUAGCCUGCAAAUACGAAUGCGGUCGCAUUUCAUAAAUAUCAGAUAUCAAAAACCACUACUAAAAUUGUCCAAAAAGAAAUUAUUCCUGUUCUGUUUGCUUAUAUUAAGGAAAGAAAUAAGACUUUUUCAACCAUAUUACAAGUCGUCACAAAGAUGAAAUAAUGUCAAUAUUUGAUAAUUAUAUAGAAUAAUCAAGCACUCUAAGCAAUUCUUAAGAGAAAAUUGAUCCUUUGUCAGAUGUAAAGAAUUCAAAUGGAGAUAUAAGUCAUAUUGGAAAGACUCCUAAGUUCUAUCGUGGGAAAAAUGCAGGACACAAAUGUAAUACUUGUGAUGGAAUGUGUGGUCCUCAUGAUGGAUGCAACUGUCCCCCGUGUAUGGAACUAGACUUAAAGUAUAGAAAUUUGUUAGGUAAGAAUGUCCUGGUAAAUGCAGAAGGAAAAGUAGCAUUUCUCUCAAAUAAAUCUUUUUAAUGCGGUACAUUAAAUGAUGAAUGGGGUAAAUGCGGGUAAUUUGGUUAUAGGUGUCGUUAUUGCACAUCCCUAACAAGUGAUUUUCCCUAUUAUAAACACUUACUACAAUGA